UCGCCUUGGAGGCGACCCCCGGUGCGCCCGGGGUUCAAAGGCCCCGCGCUGCGGCUCCAGCCCCGCCGGGGGGCGGGGAGGCGAGGGGGUGGUGCGGGAGCCAGAAAAGCCUGAGCCCACAGCCGGCCAGCCCUGCGUAGGGAUGGGCAGCGCGCUCUGAAGUUUGUGACUGCCGCAGUCAACUCCUGGAGGGAGCCGGGACCAAGCGAGCGAGCGGCCCGCCUGGAACCCCACAGCUGGAGGGUGAGGCCGGAGAGCCCGACCCGAGAGCCCUUCCGGGGCCACAGGAGUGCGUCCUCCAGGCCCGGUGCUCCUGCGCCUGAUCGGGGUUCAUGGAGCUGGGGCUGUGGCUCCUUUUCGGGCUCACAGUGACCUCCGCUGCAGGACUGAUGCCUGGCGCCCAGCCCGGGGACGCUGGCGUACCCCAGGGCCCCCCUGCAUUCAGAUUGGAGGGGCACAUAGAGGAGCCGGUGGCCACCACUACAGCGCGAGGUCCAAGUCCUGGGAGCCCUGGGCAGGAGCAGGGACCAGGUUGGUCUGGGGAGCAGGAGGCCAAAGGGGGCCCCGUGCGCCACCGAGCCAGACGCUGCACGUGCUUCACCUACAAGGACAAGGAGUGCGUCUACUAUUGCCACCUGGACAUCAUCUGGAUCAACACCCCUGAACGGACUGUGCCCUAUGGACUGUCCAACCCCAGAGGAAGCUUCCGGGGCAGGAGGUCCGCAGGGCCGUCUCCGCAGAGCCCACGGCCCUCGAGGUGGACACUGCGCUGUGCGUGUGCGGAGAGCCGCGACCUGGCCUGCGGACGCUUCUGCACCCGGACCCUGGCUGCCGGCAGGUGGAGACACCCUGGAAACUCUUCCGAGGCAGAGGUGGUGCGAUGGGACCCGUAG